CUUUGACACCGGAUUUAAAGCGGGAACGGAGUUGUGGAAGAAAUGGCGACUUUAAAGUUUUAACGGCUGCUUGGAAAGUUUAAAAAACAAAGCAAACAAGCGGUGGUAGAAUGAUGCUGUCGGCUGACAAACAUGCCAAAUCAACUUUCCCUUGUUUACAGUAGUUGAAGAAAUACUGCUUGUAGUCUAACAGGAAGAGCUCGUAUAAAAUUCUCCAAGAAAAAGACAUAAUAAUAAUGUAAUGGAAAGGACAAAACAAUAUAAUAUGUAUUUAACCUUUUAGCGGAAAUAAAAUGAAACCAAAGGGAUCUAAGAAGCUUUCAGGAUCCAGCUGGCAAGAAAAAUGUGUAAAUUCAGCAGAAAAGAAGUCAGGCACCCUAACCAAACAAACAUCCUCGUUUCAAGUACAAGUCAGUCCUUUUGCUGGUAAAGUGUUUUAUCUCGACUUACCGUCAAACAGAACCGCAGAAACCCUGGAGAGGGAAAUCAAGGAACUGGGAGGGACUGUUGAGAAAUUCUUCAGUAAGGAAAUUAAGUACUUGGUUUCCAAUAAACGCGAGGCGAAGUAUGUGAAUAGCUUCAAAAGCGACUGUCCGGUCCCGAGCCCGGACUCAGGGCAGACCUCCCUACAUCCUCCCUCAAAGCCACAAAAUCAUGCUAACCACAGACACAAGACGCGGUCCCAAGGACAAGCAGACACACUUGCCACAAGUAGAGGAAAGUCUUUGGUGGAACGAGUGGUGAAGGAACAGGGGAAGCUGCAAAUUGAUAGGAUACUGUCAAAUGCUCUGGAGUGGGGUGUUAAAAUUCUCUACAUUGAUGAUGUGGUUGCUUAUGUUCGGAAGAAGAAAAAGAUUUUCAGCAGCCAAGUUUUGGAGGAUUCUGCUGUCAAAUCACACGUCAGUGCUGGGACUGCAACAAAGCAUGCUUUUCGGAAAUGUAAAGGAGGCCGGAUCAGUAAACCUUUUAUCAAGGUUGAAGAUAGAAGCAGGCAUUACCGUCCAAUUUACCUCACAAUGCCGAAAAUGCCAGAGAUCAACCUGAAGACUGCUCCUCCCUACAGUCCCUUUUGUCUUGAGGAUAAAGAUACUCCAGAAACCAAACAAAGAACGCACAGAGGGGUGAAAACUUCUGUCAGUGAAGAGAAAAUUCACGUCCGAAAGAAGAACAGAGACAAGAAACGAGGCGGCUUUUGCGAGUGCUGUAUGAUGAAAUAUAACCAGCUGUCUGCGCAUCUGCAGGGGGAUUGUCACAAGGCUUUCUCAAAGACGGAUGAGUACUCGGUGGUGGACAGUCUGGCUUCAGCUCUGCACUGUGAUUUCCUCCAGUUCCCGACUAAAGUCAAAAGGCGGAAGUGCAGCGUGUCUUCUGUCCUGGCAGCUCCCGGACUCGGUGAAAAAUCUCACUUUAGACGGAACCACCACACAUAUUUAGACAGACCCAAACACAAAGGUCUUACUCAGAUACUGACACAAAAAGCUGAACAAACCCCUCCGUUUAUAUCAGAAGUUGUACCUUCUGCUGGUGAGGGUCGGCUGUCUGUUCCCGCCUCCGCAUCCCAGCCUGACGUUUUGGAAGAGGAGCUACACAAAGACGUAAACCGCUCAAACGUAUGUAGCAAAGCCUCUACUGGAAGUGUUAAAUAUCUGACUCAUGAACAUGAGGAUCUCACCAAGGAGGCGUCUGUUGGUGAGGAGAGGAACGCUUUUUCAGAGACAGUGACUGGAAAAGAAGAGGGAAAUCUCUCCACGACAAGCUCUUCUCCAGUUCUCAAAAUCAAAAGAAAAGUCAGAGCUUAUAAACGCAAAAAAAGGAAAGUGGAGGUGAGUGUGAAACACGGUGGAAACCUUCAUGACAACACCAUGCUGAAGCUCAGGGAGCUCUUCCAGUCCAGUGAGGACAUGGAUGUGGAGUUUCAUGGAUUUGUGGACGAGCAAGAAAAAAACCAGUCUGAGCCAUCAACUGUUUAACCAAACUUUGAAAAAACAGCUGUGUUUAAAUUAAUCUUUUAAACUAAAACGUCCAUAAAUGUACAGUAAAAAUUCAUUGUUUUGUUUAAAAAAAAAAAAAGAAAAUCCGCAUAGAAAUGAAUGAAGCAGCUCAGCUGUUUGGUCACUUGAAUGUAAUUUCUGGUCUUUUUUUUAAGCAAGUUAAAUUAUUAUUUAUUUUGAUAUGUUUUUGUUCAUUUAUACCAGAUGUGUGGCAGCUAUUUUACAUUUUUUUCCAAUUGCUAUUGAGAAUUUUGUACACGUAAUUGUUUUUAGAGACAUAAUUUAUAUCAAUUUGACAAUAAAUCUAAUUCAUAAUAAUAAAAAGUACAUUAAAAUCACUUAUACUUUUUUAAAA